AGUCAGGUCGCACUCACGUGGGUGGCGCGGAUGGCCAUUUUUUGACAGUUUUGUCAUUCCCUGCAAUUUUAAAUCCAUACUUUUUUGAAUUUUUCCCAUGUUUUAAUGGGAUUAAAAUAAUAAAUUCUGAAAUAAAAAAAGUAUAAUAUUAACCCAAAAUGUCCGUGCUUACUAGAAAUAUACCAAGAAUUUGUGUACAGGCAUCACAAACAGUAGCUGCUCGUAGCAUUCAUAGUUCUACAAACACUAAUAGAGCAGCUGCUUUGGCAGAAAGACCUGAUACUCGCGUAACUGCGACUCUGAUACCUGGAGAUGGAGUCGGUCCCGAACUUGUAUAUUCCGUGCAAGAAGUAUUUAAAGCAGCUGGAGUCCCUGUCGACUGGGAAUCAUACUUUUUUUCUGAAGUAAAUCCAACAUUAAGUGCACCAUUAGAUGAUGUAGCCCAUUCUAUAAGUAAAAAUAGAGUAGCACUAAAAGGUAUUUUGGCUACUCCAGAUUACUCACAUACCGGGGAGUUGCAAACCCUCAACAUGAAAUUGCGUAAUGCUUUAGACCUGUAUGCUAACGUUGUCCAUGUUAAAUCACUGCCUGGUAUUAAAUGUCGUCACAGUAACAUUGAUUGUGUCAUUAUCAGAGAACAAACUGAAGGAGAAUAUUCAGCUUUAGAACAUGAGAGUGUUAGAGGUGUUGUUGAAUGUCUCAAAAUUGUUACCGCUAAAAAAUCACAAAGGAUAGCAAAAUUUGCUUUUGAUUAUGCUAUCAAAAACAACAGGAAGAAAGUUACAGCAGUCCACAAAGCUAAUAUUAUGAAACUAGGUGAUGGAUUGUUUUUAAGAAGCUGUGAAGAGAUGGCAAAGCUAUAUCCCAAUAUAGAAUUUGAAAAAAUGAUUGUUGACAAUUGCACUAUGCAAAUGGUAUCAAAUCCACAACAGUUUGAUGUAAUGGUCACUCCUAAUUUAUAUGGCAACAUUGUGGACAACAUAGCAUCAGGUCUUGUAGGUGGUGCUGGUGUUGUUUCAGGUUCUUCAUAUUCAGCUGAAUGUGUAGUAUUUGAACCAGGUGCAAGGCACACAUUCUCUGAAGCUGUAGGUAAAAAUGUUGCUAAUCCAACAGCAAUGUUGCUGUGUUCAUCAAAACUAUUGCGCCACGUGAAUCUGAAUUCCUAUAGUGAAAUGAUCAGAAAUGCAGUGGAGAAGGUUUUAAAAGAUGGAAAAAUAAAAACAAAAGAUAUUGGUGGUCAAAACAGUACACAAGAAUUCACUUAUGCUGUUAUCAGUAACUUGGAUUUACCAAAAGCCUAAGUUAUCCUAUGAUGUCUCAUUUUUUAGAGGUGAGACACAGUAAUAAGGACAUAAAAAUUUAUAUUUUAUAGCUUUAAAUUGUUCAUUAAAUAGGAAUCUUAACAAUUUGUAUUCUCAAGGCAAUUAUUUUCUUUACAAUCUUUUGAGUUAUGUAUAUGAUAUUUUACCCACUUUUACAGCAAAAUAAAACACUAAUUCACUACAAUAUACCAAAACACUCUACUUUUAAACAGUGGAUGCGCGUUUCGCUAACUAUGUUAGCAUCAUCAGCAGAUUAUUAAAACUGAAAACUGUUUGUUAGCGAAACGUGCGUCCGAUGUUUAAAAGUAAAGUGUUUUGGUUUGGUUUGGUGGUUGAAUUAGUGUUAUAUUUUACUGUUAUAACACCAAAGGUUCCAACCCUCACCUGUAACUGACAUAGGUAAUCCACUUUUUACACAUGAAAGCUAUUUAUUUAUUUUUAUUUAUGAUAUUUACAUAUUAGUUAUUUAUUUUCUGUUUCCAAAUGUGUAUGUAUAAAGUUAGUUUAGAUACCUAAUAUUUGAGUUUGAAACAAGUAUUCCUGGAUUAAAUUCUAAGAUAUUUUCUUGUUCAAUGUUGUAUUGUCAAUGAUGAAUAAAUAAUAUAACUUUCAAAA